AUGACCAUGAGCUCGUUUUUGAUAAACUCCAACUACAUCGAGCCCAAGUUCCCUCCCUUCGAGGAGUUCGCACCGCACGGCGGCCCGGGCGGAGGGGACGGCGGCGCGGGCGGGGGUCCCGGCUUCCCGCGGCCGCAGACCACCCCGCACCUGCCGGCCCCGAACCUACGCGCUGCCCGCCAGCCCCCCGCCUACUACGCGCCACGGGCACGCGAGUCCAGCUACCCCGGGGGCCUGUACCCCGCGCCCGCCGCCGCCUGCCCCUACGCCUGCCGAGGCGCCAGCCCCGCGCGACCCGAGCAGUCCCCGGUCCCCGGCGCUCACCCCAGCCCGGCCCCGCAGCCCCCUGCGCCCCCUCGGCACUGCGCUCCAGGCCCCGCCACCCCGGCUGUCGCGACGGGGGGCAGCGCCCCCGCGUGCCCGCUGCUGCUGGCGGACCAGGGGCCGGCGGGCCCGAAGGGCAAGGAGCCGGUGGUGUACCCCUGGAUGAAGAAGAUCCACGUGAGCGCCGUCAACCCCAGUUAUAACGGAGGCGAGCCCAAGCGCUCUCGAACCGCCUACACCCGGCAGCAGGUCUUGGAGCUGGAGAAAGAAUUCCACUUUAACCGCUACCUGACCCGGCGGCGCCGCAUCGAGAUCGCCCACACGCUCUGCUUGUCUGAGCGCCAGGUCAAGAUCUGGUUUCAAAACCGGAGAAUGAAGUGGAAGAAAGACCACAAACUUCCCAACACCAAGAUGCGAUCUUCCAACCCUACCUCGGCCCCUGCCGGCCCGCCUGGGAAAGCACAAACUCACAGCCCCCACCCCCAUACCCAGCCUCUCCCCAGUGCCUCCACACCCAUUCCCUCCUCCUCCAUAUAA